CUCAAAAUGUCAACUGUCAAGGAGCAGCUUAUUGAGAGUCUCAUUGAGGAAGAUGAAGUCUCCCAGAGUAAGAUCACCAUUGUUGGAACUGGUGCUGUAGGCAUGGCUUGUGCUAUCUGUAUCUUAUUGAAGGAUUUGGCUGAUGAGCUUGCCCUUGUUGAUAUUGCAGUGGACAAACUGAAGGGAGAAACAAUGGAUCUUCAGCAUGGCAGUCUUUUCUUUAAUACUUCAAAGAUUGUCUCUGGAAAAGAUUACAGUGUAUCUGCAAACUCCAAAUUAGUUAUUGUCACAGUAGGUGCACGACAGCAGGAAGGAGAAAGUCGCCUUGACCUGGUGCAGCGUAAUGUGCAAAUCAUGAAAUCAAUCAUUCCUACCAUAGUCCAAAAUAGUCCUGACUGUAAAAUGCUUAUUGUUUCAAAUCCAGUGGAUAUUUUGACGUAUGUUGUCUGGAAGAUAAGUGGCUUACCUGCAACUCGUGUAAUUGGAAGUGGUUGUAAUCUAGACUCUGCCCGUUUCCGUUACCUAAUUGGAGAGAAGUUGGGUGUGCAUCCCACAAGCUGCCAUGGAUGGGUUAUUGGAGAACAUGGAGAUUCUAGUGUGCCCUUAUGGAGUGGAGUAAAUGUUGCUGGUGUUGCUCUGAAGACUCUCAACCCUAAGUUAGGAACUGAUUCAGACAAGGACCAAUGGAAAAAUAUCCAUAAGCAAGUUGUUGGAAGUGCCUAUGAGAUUAUCAAGCUGAAGGGUUAUACCUCUUGGGCUAUUGGACUGUCUGUGACAGAUCUGGUAAGAUCAAUAUUGAAAAAUCUUAGGAGAGUGCAUCCAGUUUCCACUAUGGUUAAGGGCUUAUAUGGAAUAAAAGAAGAAAUCUUUCUCAGUAUCCCUUGUAUCUUGGGGCAAAAUGGUGUCUCAGAUGUUGUGAAAGUUAACUUGAAUUCUGAGGAGGAGGCCCUUUUAAAGAAGAGUGCAAAGACACUUUGGGAUGUCCAAAAAGACCUGAAAUUUUAA